AUGGCUGUCUAUUCUUUAUGGACAAGCUACAUAGAUAAAGGAGAAAAACACGUAAGGGGAAAGUUUGUCAGGUUUCAUCAUGUCACUUUCUGGGUCGGCAAUGCCAAACAGGUCAAGAUGGGGGAACACUUGAUGAAGCACGGAGACGGAGUCAAAGACAUCGGCUUUCAGGUGGAGGACUGCGACUUUUUAAUCAAGACGGCUAAAGAGCGCGGAGCUGUAAUUGUCAGGGAACCCUGGGAGGAGCGGGACGGCCAGGGGUGGGUCAAGUAUGCUGUGGUUCAAACGUAUGGAGAUACUACGCACACACUCAUUGAGUACCUCAGCCCCUACAAAGGCCUUUUCCUGCCGGGCUACAAAGAGCCUCUGUUUAGGGAUCCUCUGUUAGCUACGCUACCACCAGCAGGUUUAAACUUCAUUGAUCACCUGGUGGGAAACCAGCCAGAUGACCACAUGGUCCCAAUUUCCGACUGGUACCAAAAGUGUUCGCUGUUCCAUUGGUUCUGGUCCAUAGACGACAAGCAGAUCCACACACAGUACAGUUCACUGAGGUCCAUCAAGAUGCCCAUUAAUAAACCUGCAAGGGGGGAAAAAUCACAAAUCCAGGAAUACGUGGACUACAACGGAGGACCAGGUGUUCAGCACAUCGCUCUCAACACAUCAGACAUUAUUCAGGCAGUAGUGAACCUGCGCGCCCGAGGGAUGGAGUUCCUUUCAGCGCCCAACAUGUACUACAACGCACUGCGGCAGAACCUUAAAACCGCCAAGAUCAAGGUCAAGGAGGACCUUGACCGUUUACAGGAAUUGAAAAUCCUCCUUGAUUUUGAUGACAAGGGCUACCUCCUUCAAAUCUUCACCAAACCCGUCCAGGACCGACCAACCCUUUUCCUAGAGGCCAUUCAGCACAACAACCACUCUGGCUUAGGGGCAGGAAACUUCAAAUCUCUGUUUGAGGCUAUCGAGAAGGACCAAGAGGCCAGGGGCAACCUCACUGUGCUGACACCCAAAGGGCAGUCCAAAGCCUUCAACUGAUCCUCCAGCUGCUGCUGCCAAGCCACGCUUCUACUGCUGUACACGGCUGUACAUGUCAGGAGCAAUCAACAACCUGGUGUAUCAAACACAAACUGAAUGCCUUCAUGUGACAAGCUGCAAGUGCUGAUAUGCUGAUAUGCAGGUAUGCUUACCUGCACGCCGUAUUACUGAAUGAAGAAAUACCCAACCUACUUUAAUCAUCAGACUACUUUAAUCAUUACAUAAAUCUUUCUUACUGAAAUGUAUGACUUUUAAGAUUAAGAUCAUUGUGUACUCUGUACAAUGCCAGUCGAAAUGUAUUAGUAGAUAAAAAGGCGCAGCUCCAUUCGAUCCUUUGCUUUAUCUUUUCGUUUGGUAGCGCAGUGCACUACUUUUUUAGAUCAAAAUAUUAGAACAUUUACAGCUCUUAAACAGUGACGCACAACACAAAGAACUCUUUUAACUCCUCACUUGUGUUAAAUGCUCUUUAGAUUUGACAAAAAAUGAUAAUCACAUAUCACGGCUAUGACCGGAGAGGUUCGGUUACAAUACAAAAAUAAAUAAAAGACAUUGCAGGGGUGAAUAUCGUGCGUGGUAAUAUUCAUUUGUUUUUUAUGAGCAAUCUAAGUAGAAUUUAAGUAAGGACAAAAAAACACAUCAGACAAGGUAAAAGGGUCAUUUUAGACCAUGUGGCAUUGAAACCAAGCCGGACCGGAGUUUAUUACCAUGUACCAUGUUUAUUAUGUUUUUUUUACUGUACAUAAGUAUCUGAUUCCAAACUUUGUAGAGUAACCUUGUGUGAACUAUUCCUUAUAAAUGACACUAGCAAACGCAACACAUUUGACUUCCUGAGUUCUCCGGAUUCUCCAGCAAAACAAAUGUCUUUUGCACAGACGUUGUAUUUCAAAAUAAUUUAUUUGCAUAUAAUUGGAAUGAAGACAGGUUGAUACAUCUGUGAUGGCACUGAUCAGUUUCCAUAUAGAAACAUUUGGUCUUUAGAGAGACCACUCUUUCAAACCUGGACAAAAUGGAUAAAUAUAUUAGUAAAUAAAUAUAUUAGUGACAUGUCACUAUAUUGAAAUGUUCUAUUAUAUAUAAAAUACAACACUAUUUCAUUUCUGUUUUUUUUUUUGUUCUUGUUUUGUACUCAAAGUAUCCAAAAUAUACUGACAUAUCCCUUAAUGUUCUGGAGGGAUUUUAGACUCAUAAAAAGGCAGUUUCAGCUCAUUAUUCUUGCAAAACAAAACAAAACAAA